AUAUAGAGCCCUACCCGAGCCUUUUUUUUCUCUCGCCGCAUUCCUGUGUUACUCGUCCCAAAGGUGACUUUGACACAUUUGCAAAUCUAGGAUCGCGAUCUCACUUCCAAGAUGCAGAACGAAGCGGGUGAAAUGAUGGAUCUCUACAUCCCAAGAAAAUGUUCUGCUACGAAUAGGCUGAUUACUGCCAAAGAUCACGCAUCCGUCCAAAUCAACAUUGGCCACUUGAAUGAGAGUGGAGUAUACACCGGCCAGUAUACCACUUUUGCUCUCUCUGGUUUCAUUCGUGCUCAGGGUGAUGCUGAUGGUGCUCUUGAUAGGCUUUGGCAGAAGAAGAAAUCAGAAAUCAAGCAACAAUAGAUUUUGAAUUGCUUCUAGCCAUUAUGAACUCAAGCAAAGAAGCAUGAUGAUUGUCGUAGGUCCUACUAGUGUUGCUUUUAGUUUUGCCCUGGUGCCAUUUUACCGCAGUUUGAUGUUUAUGAAGAGUAAAUCUGCAAAAAUGAAUCCAUCUGAUUGAUCUUUGUUUAAACUCUGUUGAUCCAUUUGAACACUGAUUGAUCUUUAAAAUUGAGUUUUAUCUCUUGUCA